CACCGCUUGGGACCGCCAGGGAGCUCCGCGCUUCCGUGCGGGAGCCGACACACUCCCGGGGCGGGGCUGCGGCGGCCGUGCACGCGCGCGCACGCGUCGUGUGUCACGGGGCGGGGCGAGCGCGGCCAGGCGCUCCCGGCCUGGUGUCCUGUUUCCGCAGCCUUCGCCGCCUACCUUGCCCCGGCGCACCCCGGCCCGGCCCCAUGUACCGCGCGCUGUACGCGUUCCGCUCAGCGGAGCCCAAUGCUCUGGCGUUCGCCGCGGGCGAAACCUUUCUGGUGCUGGAACGCAGCAGCGCGCACUGGUGGCUGGCGGCGCGGGCGCGCAGUGGCGAGACGGGCUACGUGCCGCCCGCCUACCUGCGCCGCCUGCAGGGCCUGGAGCAGGAUGUCCUCCAAGCCAUUGACCGGGCCAUUGAGGCUGUGCACAAUGCAGCCAUGCGGAAUGGUGGCAAGUACAGCCUAGAGCAGCGUGGAGUCCUCCAGAAGCUGAUCCACCACCGGAAAGAGACCCUGUCCCGCAGAGGCCCCUCAGCCUCCAGCCCUUCAGCUAUGACCCCAUCCACCAGUGACCACCAUCUGGAUGCUGCUGCUGCCAGGCAGCCCAAUGGGGUGUGCCAAGCAGGGUUUGAGCGGCAGCACAGCCUGCCCAGUUCUGAGUAUCUUGGUGUAGAUGGAGGCCUCUACCAGAUCCCACCACAGCCUCGCAGAGCAGCACCUGCCACGCCACCCCCACCCGUGAAGCGCCGAGACCGUGACACCCUCGUGGCCUCAGGGAGCGGCGGCCGCAACACCACGCCCUCUGGGGGCAGUUCUGUGUCCAGCGGCUCCUCAGUCAGCAGCACCUCUCUUGAUAUGCUCUGUACUGGCUCCAGCUCAUCUGAGCCAGGCCCCAGUUGUUCACCCACGCCCCCACCUGUGCCCCGCCGAGGCACCCAUACCACUGUGUCCCAAGCUCAGCCCCCUCCGUCCAAAGUGCCAGCCCCCAAGCCUCCUACAGAGGAGGUAGCAGUUGAUACAACCUCGGCCCCUGACAAGCUGGAGGCCCUGAGUGCGCUGAGCCUGGGGACCACAGAGGAGAAGGCAGUGGCUGAGACUGCUGUGCCCAGGACCAUCGGGGCAGAGCUGAUGGAGCUUGUGCGGAGAAACACCGGCCUGAGCCACGAGCUAUGCCGCGUGGCCAUUGGCGUCGUGGUGGGUCACAUCCAGGCCUCCGUGCCGGCCAUCUCACAUGUCAUGGAGCAGGUCCUCCUCUCGCUGGUAGAGGGCAAGGACCUGAGCACUGCCCUGCCCUCAGGACAGGUCUGCCAUGACCAGCAGCGGCUAGAGGUGAUCUUUGCAGACUUGGCUCGGCGGAAGGACGAUGCCCAGCAGCGCAGCUGGGCCCUGUAUGAGGACGAGGGUGUUAUCCGCUGCUACCUGGAGGAGCUGCUGCACAUUCUGACUGACGCAGACCCUGAAGUUUGCAAGAAAAUGUGCAAGAGAAAUGAAUUCGAAUCUGUCCUGGCUUUGGUGGCCUACUACCAAAUGGAGCACCGGGUGUCACUGCGGCUGCUGCUCCUCAAGUGCUUCGGUGCCAUGUGCAGCCUGGACGCUGCCAUCAUCUCCACACUUUUGUCAUCUGUGCUGCCUGUGGAGCUGGCGCGGGACAUGCAGACAGACACGCAGGAUCACCAGAAACUCUGUUACUCCGCCCUCAUCCUGGCCAUGGUCUUCUCCAUGGGGGAGGCAGUGCCCUACGCACACUAUGAGCACCUGGGCACACCCUUCGCCCAGUUCCUGCUGAGCAUUGUUGAGGAUGGGCUGCCCUUGGAUACCACAGAGCAGCUUCCAGAUCUCUGCAUGAACCUGCUUCUGGCUCUCAACUUGCACCUGGCAGCCCCUGACCAGAAUGUCAUCAUGGCUGCCCUGAGCAAACAUGCCAAUGUCAAGGUCUUCUCCGAGAAGCUGCUGUUGCUCCUGAACAGAGGGGAUGACCCUGUGCGCAUCUUCAAACAUGAGCCACAGCCACCGCACUCCAUCCUUAAGUUCCUGCAGGAUGUGUUCGCUAGCCCUGCCACGGCUGCCAUCUUCUACCACACAGACAUGAUGGCGCUCAUCGACAUCACUGUACGGCACAUUGCGGACCUGUCACCUGGAGACAAGGUGCCUGGAGGUGGCUGCAAUGGUGAUGGUAGCUGUGUAGAAACUGAAACAAAAUGGGGGGAUAUGACACUGAAUGGAGACGAGGGACAGGGGCACUGCUGGAGCCAGGUAAGUGUGGGAGGCUGCUCAGAAACCAUGACAGGUGUGCCAAGAGUCAAAGGAGCCAGGCAUGAGGUGAUCUGGGGCUGGGCUGUCUGCAGAAAGCUGAAGUGGAGGGAGUGGUAGGAGGGGAGGAGAGAAGAAGUGGAGUUUACACAAAGCCUUGGGAAGUUGUGAUCUCUUCUCAGAGGAAGGGGAAGUGAUCUGAUUAACAUCCUGAAUGUAGUGUAGACUGUAUGAGAGCACAGUGGAAGCAGGAGGCUGGUGAGGAAGCAGCUGUAGCUGUCCAGGGGGCCUGGGUGGGGUCGGGAGAGGCUGUGGCAGUGGGAGAAGAGGUCGGGUUUGAGUGUGUUGGAAGCAGGUCUGGCAGGGCUUGUGGCUAGCUUUGUCUUGAGCACCCAGGUGGAUGAAGUGCUGAUUGCUGAGGCAGGGAAGAACUUUUGGCGGGAAAAUAGAAUUGUGUUUUGAUGUGUCAAGAUUGAGAAGAUGCCUGCUAGACAUCCAGGUACAGAGGGUGUCAGGGAAGCAGUGGGAUGUGAAUCAGGACUGGAAAGGAAACAAGACGGAUGGGUUAGAAGGAAGCUCAGGCCUCAGCCCAGGCAAAGUAGGAACAAGUAAGGAGAAACCCAGGAGAAAACCCAAGAAAGCAGGAGUCCGAAGCUAUGUGUUUGGAGAAGGAGGAAGAUGAGUCAUCUCCACAGGUAGGAGCCUGAGUAAGAUGAGGGCUGAGCAUUGGCCACUGGAUUUGCCACACAGAAGCUGUGGUGACUGAAAAGCAAUGUCAAUGGAGUGGAAGGAAGACAGUCCAGUUGGAAAGUUUAAGAGAAUUUGAAGUUGGAGGGGAGUGGCAAUGAGGGGGAAGUGGAAGCAGUAAAUGGAGAUAACACUUGGAGUUUUUUUGUGGAGGAGAACAGAAAAAGGGAGGUGUGGGUCACUGGAGGGAGAUGUGGGGUCAGGGAGACUGUUUUAAAGGUGGGAGAUGCUGGUGCACGUCUCUGAGCCAGAGGGAAUGAUCCAGUAAGCGUAGAGGAAUGGCGAACGUGUUAGGGAGAGUGGGCCACUGCAGGAGUCAAGUAGAUCAGGCAGCGGGGAAGGGUCCAGCACCGUGUGGAGUGAUGGUCCCUGACAGGAGCCAGAGCAGUUCAUUGUGGUGGAGACAGGUAAGGUGUGGGUGCUGAGAGGGGAAGACAGGGUUUCUUAAAGAUUGCUUGUUUUCUCCAUGAAGCAGAAGGCCAGCUGACCCAGAAGUUUAAGUUUGGAAAAUGGAGAGAACGUGGGUAAUGGUCCUUUAAGGGAGAGUGAACACAGCAGAGAAAAGUGGUAGAGUCCCAGGCAGUGCCUCGCGCCCAUUUGUGGUUUGUGGCAGGGAAUGAAGUUCAGGCCUGCGCAUGGCUCUACUUAGACACUGGGGUUUGAUUUGCACGCGCUUUGGUCUGAUCAGGGUUGGGAGUUAGUAGAGUGAUGCUACCUAAGGAAGGUUUUGGUAUUGACUCCUGUAAUCAUAGGUAAAGAGAGGAAUGAGUGAUGGUGAGGGGGCAAACAGAGAAAUGCUGGGGUCGGGUCAGUGGAUUGGGCCUCCCGGUGAGGAACGGGAGCAGCUUGGGUGUCAGAUUGGAGGGGCUGUUGGAGCUGUCCAAGCCAGAGGGGUUGGCAGUGGGGAGGCAGUGUUGGAGAUGGAUUCAGGGCAUCUAUACAAGGUAAGAUGGCCAGGUCUUAGGAAUGGAUUGGAUGUUGGGUGUGCAGAGAGAGAGCUGUCAAAGAAGACACCUCUGUUUCUGGCUUGUGUAUUUGAAUGGACAGCAGUGCUCUUUAUUAAGAUGAAGAACAUGAGAAAGCCUUCAGCUUUGGGAAGAUGGAGAAGAUCAUGAGUUUGAUGGUGGAUAUAUAGGUUUGAGGGCUCUUUGAGAUAUGCAGGAGAUGAUAAGUGGGCAGUUGGAUAUUCUCAUCUGGAACUCACCAGAGAGGUCUAGGCAAGAGGUAUGAGUGUGGGUCACCAUUUGAAGCUAUGGGUGUGAAUGAGAUCUUCCAGGGUGAAACGAUAAAGUGAGAAGCAGAGGGCCUCUGACUAUAGGCAGUGGCACCGUGGGGCCAAGCAUUAAAGGAUGGGCAGGGACUCGCUGCUUCCCCUUGCCACCUCUCUGAGCUAGGACUUCCCUGGGCCAGCCACAUUCUGGAUCUGUGUCUGGGAUGAUUCAUUCAUUCACUUACUUAUUCAACAACUAUUGAAGACCAGGUACAUGUGCCAGGUACAUUCUGGGUGCUGGGGGUGCAACCCUGAUCUUCAGUGGUGUGAGGUGGUCCCCAGCCCUGGGGUCCAUGUGGCUGCCGUGAGGGAAUAGUGGCCUGUCCCUGGCUGGUGGCAGUCACAGUCCCUCCCUGGGGUCCCUGAGCUUGCCUGCUCUUCCCACAGCUGCGCAUGGAGUACCUCUCCCUGAUGCAUGCUGUGGUCCGCUCCACGCCCUACCUGCAGCACCGCCACCGGCUGCCCGACCUGCAGGCCACAUUACGACGCAUCCUGACCGAGGAGGAAGCCUCGCCCCAGUGCCAG